AUGAAAAUUUUUAUCAAUAAUAUAAAUACAUAUAGUGGAAGCUGUUUAUGUGAAACAUUAGAUAUUAUACAAAAUGAAAAAUGUGAAAUAUAUGGCACACUGAUAAAUCAAAAUGAAGCGAAAGAAGAAGAUAUGUACAUGUAUAAUUAUAAUAAUGUAAAAAAAAUAGUAUCAAAAACCAAUAAAGAUAAAUUGGUAAAAUAUAUAGUUACGUCAAAUUUAUGUGUAUUUGAUAUGCACAAUACAGGUAUAGAAGAAAUAGAAUAUGUUAUAAGAAAAUUAAAAAAUGAAGAAAUAAAAACAAAAGUAACUUUUAUUCUCGUUUCAUCUAUUAUGACUUGGAAUAAAACUAAAAGAAAAUUUGUUAAAAAAAAAAUCGAGGAAAAAAUUGAAGAAAAAAUUGAACAAAGCGACAAUGUUUUAACAAAACAAACAAAUGAUAAAAUAAAUUCGGUCCAAAACUGUCAAAAAAAUAAUAUAGACAAAUAUAGAUAUAUACCAGAAGCUUUUAGCGAAAAGGAUUAUUUAAAAAGAAUUCCAUCGUCUGGUUUUAAAGAAUUAAAAACAAUUGAAAUACUUGUUUUAUCGUUAAAUUCUAUUAAAAAUAUAAACACUUAUGUCGUUGCAUCAGGGAUAUUAUAUGGAAAUGGAGAAAAUGUUUUUUUCCCAAUUUUCAAAAAUGCAUGGUUUGGAAAAGAUAAUCAAAUAAUUGACAAAGGGAAUAACUUUAUUCCAGUUAUUCAUGUAAAAGGAUUAUGCGAAUAUGUUAAAAAUGUAUUUAUAUAUAAACCUGAAAUAAAAUAUCUUAUAGCAGUUGAUCAGGAAUAUGUUACGCAAAAAGAUAUUAUAAAAUCUGUUGCAAAUUAUAUUUCCGCUAAUAACAAUUAUUUAUCUGUAUCCUCUUAUGAUUCUAUUUUUAUUAAAGACUCUGAAAAGUUAUGCAUAAACUUAAGAUUCCAGUGUACACGGUUUUGGAAUCUUAAUCAAGUAGAUGCAAUCAACGAAAAAAAAAAAGACAAUCCUAAUGUGUUAAGUAGCGACAAUGAAGAAAGUGGGCAAAUUGGAGAAAAUAGUGAAAGUGAAGAAAAUAGCGAAAACGAAAAAAAUAGCGAAAACAAAGAAAAUAGCGAAAAUGGCAAACGUGGGGAAGAAGAGUCAUGUAUUAAAUUUCAUUGUCAAGAUGGAUUCGUAAAAAAUAUUUCAAUUUUAACGAAAGAAUUUUGCGAAUAUCGAAAUCUUAAAUCGUUAAAAAUAAUGAUCAUGGGUCCACCAGGGGUAGGGAAAACAUUUAUUGGUAAAAAAAUUUGUGAGCAUUAUAAUUUAAAGAUAUGUUCUAUUCAAACAUUAUUAGAUGAAUGCAAAAAAACUAAUUAUAAGUUUCCAGAAUAUUAUACAAACAAUUUAAAUGAUGUUGGGAACACAAACAAAUUAAACUUAAACGAUAUUUCAUCAAUAUUUUACAAAAAAUUAAAAAGUAAUGAAUGCAAAUUUCGUGGGUAUGUCUUAGAUUCAUUUCCUAGAAAUUAUUAUGAGGCAAAAAUGUUUUUUGAAAAAUAUUUCGUUUCAGAUGUAGUGGACAGUUCAAAAGAUCUUACUUAUUCAAAAAAUGAAACAAUGAAAAAAAAACACAAAAAAAUUAAAAACAAAAAUGAAAAACGAAGGAAUAGUAAUGAAUCGAAGCAUAGCGAAGAAAGUGAAAUGAGCUUAAGUGAAGAAGAAACAGAAAGUAAGGUAGAUGACGAAAGUGAAGAAGAUGAACAUAGUGACUCUAUAAAUAAAAAAACAUCUAGUCAAUCAUAUACAUCAGAAAGCUUAGAUGAAUUAGAAAAUGAAGAUCAAACAAGCGAAAAUGGUGAUUCUUCAAAUGAAGAUCGAAUUAACGAAAAUACAAAAAAAAAUAAAAAAUACGAUAUCAAAAAUGAUAGUGAGGAAAAUAAAAACAAUGAAUAUAUAUAUAAUGAAAACAAAAAUAUGGAUCCAAGAAAUAAUCCUAUACUCCCUGAAUUCGUUAUAAUUCUAAAAUCAAAAGAAGAUCUUUGCAGAAUUAGAAUGAUGAAUCUACCAAAAGAUGAAAUUAUUAAAGGACAUAAUGAUGAAAAGGGUUUUGAAAGGCGCUAUAAUAAAUAUAUAGAAGAAAAUUGUAGAAAUGAUUAUUUAGAGUUUGAUAAAAAAAAUACAAUUGAAGAUUAUUUUAUAGAAAAUCAAAUAGAAGUUUUAAAUAUAAAUAUAAAUGAAAAAUCAAUUCUUGAAGAUAUAUUAACAAAUAUAUAUAUAUAUAUUGAAAAAAAUAAAAAAUUUUAUAAUUUUUUACCUUCUACUGAUGAAAUUUUAAAAAAUAAAUUACAUGAACAAGAAAUAAAAUUAUUAAAUGAAAAAGAGAAUAUAAAAAAAAAUGAAGAUAAUACUAUUAAUGAAGAAUUAAAUAAAAAUGAUGAAUUAAUAAAAGCUGAAAAAAAAAGACAACAAUUACUUAUGGAAUAUCAGCAGCAAUAUAUACAUAAUCAAUCAUUGCCCUUACGAUUUUAUUUAAUUAAAAACAUUUUACCAAUUUUAACUGAUGCACUAAUAUAUAUUUGUAAAACAAAACCAAAAAAUCCAUGUUUGCAUAUAGCAGAAUAUUUAUUGGAAAAUGCACAUAAGUACAAUGUUGAUGAAAAUACUUUACCUUUGAUACCACCCAAAAAAAAUGAAGAUAAAGAUUCUCCAAACAAUUAA